AGCCCGCCUCAAGGCUGCGUGCAGUGCCCCACUUUAUCUGACUGAUAGCCUCGCGCCAUGCGAAGGCAGCACCAUGUCCUCAACGCGUAGUCAAACAAGCACGUCCCCACAACAUUCUAGCACCAACAAUUCUAACAACAAUAAUCAAAUUAUGAGUAAUAUUUUCGGCGCAAAUGAAUCGCCAUCGCUGGUAGUUGCGUUUCUGGCGAUCGGGCUGUUUAUGGUGGUCAUGGCAGCUUUGUUUGGAUGGAGAAGGAUGCGUAGAGGGAGUCUCGUGGUCCAACCUGCCAGGCCAGUUCGCGUUCGCGUUCGCCCAGGGAAGAGACCGAUCGCGAUAGGAGAGAAACCCACACUUUGGGAUAUGUGGACGAGAAGAGACUCGGAGGUGACGAUCGAUUUAAAAUGGGAAAAUAUAACGCCCUUUUGCGCCACGCGCGUGUUCUGUCGGAAAGAAAAGCCUCCUCGGCCGGUCUUGAUGAAAGCCACCACUGUCGAGCCUCGAAAUCCGCCCCGUUCAUCGUUUGUGAUGACUCGGAUCUCGGCUUUUAGAGAGCACUUCCGACUUAUUCGGAGGCCGAGUCCUCCUCCUACACCUCCGCCCCCGCCAGAGCCACAAGCUUAUGAACUUGAUGAUAUGUCUGAACGGCCGGAGGGCUCGUUCGUCGUGAUGGCCUUCACAAUUUCUAUGCCGUCGCCUAGUACUAGUACUAGGAAGCGCGACAACGCCACGAGCUCCGAAGUAUCAGACCGGGUGUCUACGCCAGAGCUGCUCCAUGAUACAGAGUUGGGAGAGUAUUGCAUCGGGUCGGUGGAGGUGUCGUGUAGUGAAGAUAGGUGAUGGGGAGUGGCAAGCAGAGUGCAGAGUACUGGGCUGUUUGGUCUUAUAUUUGGAUGCCUGAUCACAUGUAUAAUUUAUGUGCAUGAUGUAUGACACUUACCUACCUCUGUCAUAGCUGUAGGGCUUAUUGUUUCCUGUGAAAAUGGCGGCCGUUGAAGGUUGCAUAUAUUACAUGAGUUGUCUUCGUGUCUUGAAGGUGCUGGUGAAGGCUGUGAAGGCUCACUGGCAAGCGCUGAAGUGCUGACGGGCCGAAUAGCAUAAUAGCCCAGCUUCAGAAUCA